UUCGCAUUUUUGCAGCAAAUGAAAUCGACGUGAAAUCGCAGCGUGUUUUUAAAAACAUUCAGCAGUUGUCAUUGCAUGUGGUGCAGUGUUGUGUUUAACUGUUGUUGGGUUGUGUUGUGUUGUGUUGUGUUAAGUGUCUGCGUUUAAGUAAAUUCAAAUUAAUGUCGAAGUCGAAAGCGCAUUAAAAAUCAAGUCUGUGUCUGUAAAAACCAUAGUUAUAUAAGAAAACAAUUGACCCGCGUGUUUUAAUCAAAUUACCAACAAAAAUGAGCCACAAUAGGGAUGAGGAGUACAGCAAGUUUGUGCCACACAAGUUGUCAUAUUAUGUGGCACCUGGCUCAGAGUUUCAAUGCAAGCUGCCCAAAUCACAGCACUGUGGCCGAAAGCUGUCGACCAUCGAUGAACAGGACCACGAUGCUGCCAAUCGCAGGGGCAUGAUAAACCAGGUGUUGGCCACUUGUGCGGUUUUAUUACUCUCCGCCGGCUGUGGCAUGCCCAUUGGCUACUCAGCGGUGUUGCUGCCACAACUUAGCGCCAACUCCACGGAGAUACCCAUAACCGUUAGCACAGGUUCCUGGAUUGCUAGUGUACACAGUUUGGCCACACCUAUUGGUUCAUUGAUGUCUGGACCAUUGGCUGAUUAUUUGGGUCGACGAAAGACGUUGCUUGUGUCGGUGAUUCCCCUAUUUCUGGGCUGGUGCACAAUGGCCAUGUCGCAUUCGGUGAAGGCUUUAAUAUUUGCGCGUUUCCUGUGCGGCUUUGCCACUGGCAUACUGGGAGGACCUGGACAGGUCUACAUAGCGGAAACAGCCGAGCCCAAUUUGCGUAGUCUGCUUAUUGGCGCACCGUAUGUGGCAUAUUCCUGUGGCAUUCUGCUCGUCUAUUCCCUGGGAACCAUGUUGUACUGGCGCACUGUGGCCUGGUGUGCAAAUAUCCUGCCAGCUCUGGCUGUGGUGGCCAUCAUCUGCAUACCGGAGACUCCGGCGUGGUUGUUGCGUAAUGGACACGAGAAGCGGGCGCUGCAGGCGCUGACAUUCCUUAGGGGCAGUGAAAUUGGGGCACAGAAGGAGCUCAACGAUAUGAGGCAGCGUCUGGAUAAGGAGCGUGCAACCACAAGGACAAAUGAGAAUAUAUUCACACUCUGCUGUCAGCGAGUGGCCGUUAAGCCGCUGUUCAUUGUGAUCGUCUUCUCGCUGCUGCAGAUGUUCUCCGGCACCUUCAUUGUGAUCUUCUAUGCGAUGGACAUUGUGUCCGAGUUCGGUGAGGGAUUUGAUACCAAACAUGCGGCCAUUUGGACAGCGGCAGUGCGUGUGAUUUGUUGCAUGAUCUUCUGUGGCAUAUUGCUCUUUGUGCGUCGUCGUCUGAUCAUGAUCCUGUCGGGCAUUGGAUCGGGUCUAUUCUGUCUGGCCCUGAGCGUCUUUCUGUAUAUGCGAGUUGGUCAGCCCAAGAUGCCCUAUGACGUACUCGUUGCAGGCGGCUGCCUCCUGGGUUAUAUUGUAUUCAAUACGGCCCUGAUGGUAAUGCCGGGCAUUAUGAUUGGAGAACUCUUCCCGGCACGUAUUCGUGGUCGCACAGCUGGCGGCGUUUUUGCCUCUAUGAAUGUGGCUCUAUUUAUAUUUGCCAAGUUUUUCCCCUCACUCCAAACGUGGCUGAAGAUGCGAGGCGUCUUUCUAGUCUUUGCUGUUUCCAGUUUCCUGCUCACGUUAUUUAUGUGCCUCUUUCAGCCGGAGACAAAGGGUCGCAGUCUGGAGCACAUCGAGGAUUAUUUCAAUGGCAACAAUUGGUUGUGGUUCAAACGCGAUCGUGGCUAUAAGUCAGUCAAGUUGAUGCCACUGCAACCACUUAAGGAGGACAAUAAAGCCUUAAAUAGUGCAGAGCAUGCCUAAUAAGGCAAUACACCAGGAUUCUCACAUUCAUAUACAUAUAUAUGCAGUCUAUACAGGGCUCUUAAGCUUCCAUAGUUCUUAGUUAGUAUUAUGUUUAGCUUCUCAUUACGCUGGAGUAUCACUGUUCCUUAGCAACUUAAAAAGAAACUCUACCAAAAACAAAGAAAAAACCAUUUUCACUCAAUUUCUGUUUAUCUAAAAAAUGUGAUUUUUGCAAUUAUGCAUUAGUGUUUCGUAGUCUCGAUUUAUAUUCAUAAAUGAUAAAUAAAUUAAAUUAAAUAUGUUUAGCAAUAAAAAUACAUUUAAUUACCAAUAA